AUGCUAUGCCCAUGUAGAGAUUGCCGCAAUUUAUGCCAUCAGUCGGUAGAGGAAAUUGUUGAGCAUCUAGUGAUAAGGGGUAUGGAUAAGAAGUAUAAGACUUCUUGUUGGAGUAUUCAUGGUGAAAAAAGAGCAUCUACAGAAGACAGUGGUCGUCGACAUGAAACAGAGGCAUUUGAGUUGUUUAAGACAGCAUUCUCUAUGAAUGAAGGUGAACCAAAUCAGACGAAUGGUAAUGAAGCAUUAGAGGCAAACGACGAUGAAGCAGUAGAGGAAACUCAGUUUAAGAAAAAGUUAAGAGAAGCUGAAACUCCAUUGUACUCUGAUUUUAUCAAAUACACAAAGGUUUCAGCAAUUAUGGGACUUUACAGAUUCAAGGUUAAGAGUGGUGUGUCAGAGAACUACUUUGAUCAGCUGUUGGAUUUAAUAAAGGACAUACUACCUGAAGACAAUGUACUUCCGAAGAGUUUAGCUACAAUCAAAAAAAUUCUGAAGAUAUUUGGUUUCGGAUACCAAAGUAUUCAUGCUUGCAAGAAUGAUUGCAUUCUAUAUAGGAAGGAGUUUGAGAAGUUAGAUAGCUGUCCAAGAUGCAAAGUUUCAAGAUGGGAAAAGGAUAAGCACAGUAAUGAGAUAAAGGUUGGGAUUCCAACAAAGGUCCUUAGAUAUUUUCCAAUCAAGGACAGAUUUAGGAGGAUGUUUAGAUCAAACAAGAUGGCUGAAGAUUUGCGGUGGCACUAUACCAAUGGCACUGAAGAUGAUGGGAUGAACCCUUUCUCCAUGCAAAACACCAAUCACAGCACAUGGCCAGUGUUGUUGGUGAACUAUAACACGCCUCCGACUAUGUGUAUGAAGGCUGAGAAUAUAAUGUUGACUUUGUUGAUCCCUGGUCCAACAGCUCCUGGUAAUAACAUAGAUGUUUACUUGGCUCCACUGAUAGACGAUCUAAAAGAUUUGUGGGCUGAGGGUAUUGAAGUCUAUGACUCAUUUGCGAAGGAGAAUUUCACACUUAGAGCCAUGCUGCUUUGGAGUAUCAGUGACUAUCCAGCCUUAGGAACAUUGUCUGGAUGUAAAGUGAAGGGGAAACAAGCCUGCAAUGUAUGUGGAAAGGAUACACCUUCCAGAUGGCUUAAGUUUAGCCGUAAGUUUGUCUAUAUGGGGAACAGAAAGAGACUGCCGCCGGGCCAUCGUUACAGAUAUAAAAAAGCUUGGUUUGACAACACUGUUGAGGAAGGGAAUGCCAAAAGGAUACAAACUGGCGAUGAAAUAUAUCAGACACUUCAAGCUUUUAGGAAUGAUUUUGGAAAACCUCUAGACAAGGAAAAUAAAAGAAAAAGAGCUGAGUUGGAAGAUGAUGAGGUGGUUCAAGAAGAAGAGUGUGAAGAAUCGAAUGAUCUAUGGCGGUGGAAGAAGAGAUCAAUAUUCUUUGAACUACCUUACUGGAAGGAUUUGCCUGUUCGUCACAAUAUUGAUGUUAUGCAUGUAGAAAAAAAUGUGUCGGAUGCUAUAUUGUCUAUCUUGAUGCAAAGUGCUAAGUCAAAGGAUGGUUUGAAAGCAAGAAAAGACUUAGAAGAUAUUGGAAUCAGAAAUCACUUGCACACAGAGGUCAGGGGAAAGAAAACAUACUUACCUCAGCAGCCUAUUGGUUAUCCAAGAAAGAGAAGACCAUUUUCUGCCAAAGGUAGUUUAAAGUCGCAUGAUCAUCAUGUCCUAGUCCAGAACUUGUUACCGGCUGCAUUAAGAGGGUUGCUACAUAAGGGUCCUAGGAUUGCCAUAAGUAGAUUAUGCAGUUACUUCAACAGGUUGUGUCAGCGCAUCAUCGACCCAGAGAAACUUAUGACAAUGGAGACAGAGUUUGUGGAAACAAUGUGUCAACUGGAGCGCUUCUUCCCUCCAUCCCUUUUUGAUAUCAUGUUCCACCUUCCAAUACAUCUAUCAAAAGAGGCACGUUUGGGAGGACCAGUCCACUUCCGCUGGAUGUAUCCCUUCGAAAGGUACAUGAAAACACUUAAGGCUUUUGUUAAGAAUCAUGCAAGGCCAGAAGCAUGUAUGGCUGAGGGGUAUUUAGCUGGAGAAUGCGUUGCAUUUUGUUUAGAGUUCCUUAAAGAUUCAGUACCAGUUCAAGAAACAGUUAACCGCAAUGAAGAUAUUGAGGCUGAUAGAAGCGUGAUUGAAGGUCGACCUCUGCAGAAGGGUAUAGAAGUUACUCUAUCAGAUAAAGAUAGAGACACUGCACAUCGCUAUGUGCUAAUGAACAUGGCAUCUUUGAAUCCUUAUGUCGAGAAGCAUUUGGAAGAAUUACAAGCUAAUGAUGCUCGAUGUGCUAAAAAUGAAACUUUGUUGUGGAAAAACCAUACUGAGCAGUUUGCACAAUGGCUUAAAAUAAAGAUUCAUUCAGACUCAACAAAUAGUCAUUCUAAAGAGAUAAGGUGGUUGGCAUUUGGACCAAGAAAUGUUGUUGUAGCACAUAAAGGAUUUAUCGUUAAUGGGCAACGGUUUCAUACAGAUGCGGUUAAGCGGAAGACACAAAACAGUGGAGUAACUUAUGAAGCAUUUAGCAUGUGUAGAUCAAGUGCUCGAGAUAUGAGACAAGUCACUGAUAUACUUACAUAUUAUGGAGUGAUAAAGGAGAUUUUACUUAUGGACUAUCACAUGUUCAAAGUGCCGCUGUUUAGAUGCAAUUGGGCCAACACAGGGAAUGGUGUGAAGGAGGAAGAUGGUUUCACUCUUGUCAACCUUCAUAUGAACCAAACAGCCUAUUUGAAAGAUCCAUUCAUUCUACCUUCUCAAGCAAAACAGGUUUUCUACUCUAGGGAAGAUGAUAAUUCAAAUUGGUAUGUUGUUAUGAGAGAACCACCUAGAGGCUAUCAUGAGUUGGAAACAGAAGAGAAUUUAAGUGGUGCACCUUUGCCUAUCCAAGAACUCGAUGAUUUGGAUGAUGAAGCUUGUGAUAAUGAUAGUGUUUAUGUUAGGGAUGAUUGUGAAGGCUUGUUAGUGGUAGAUUGA